AUGGGACUUCACCUUCUUGUCUCCCAGCAACACAUUACAGGUGAAGUCUGGCCCUUCCUUCAGCAAAUUGUAUACCUGUGCCUUUCUCCUUCCUAUAUGUUCUCUCCCUUCCUCCCACUUUCUCGACAACCGAGGCGUGGGAAUCUAAUUGCAAUGAGUGAAAAAAGGAAACCAAAAGUGACUUACCUGUGGUCCGUCGCUCCAUGUUUUGUUUCUUUUUUCCUCCUUCUUUUGCUUCCUUCUCUUUUCCUCGUUAUGUCCCUUUUAGACCAAUAUAGUCCGAAGACUAGAGUCCUUUCUAGUCUUACUUGGUCCCGACUGGACAAAACAAACCUUCUUUCCUCUUUCAGACGGCCGUGGGCUAACUUCCGAAAGUCAUUCGAUCACCACUCUUCGAGGCUCCUCCUUCACUCUUCGCUACUGCCUUCCAGCUCUGUGACGCCAGCUCACUCCUGCAGCCUCCAGCACUCCUGCAGCUUCCAGCUCUCUCCUGCAGCUUCCAGCUCAGCUCCUGCAGCUUCCAGCACUCCUGCAGCAUCCAGCUCACCCCAACAGCUUCCAGCGGCCUCCAGCUCACCCCUGCGGCGCUCUACUGACGUCCCGCUACCUAUUCCAGCACCCGCUGACGACCUAAUCCAGCGCCCACUGACGUCCAGCGCCCGUUAUCGUCCGGACACCGUUCCCGAACAAACGACCUCUGUCGUCUUACCAUCCACCGUUCGCAAAUAA